UAAAUGACCAUGUGACUUUGAGAUAAAUUUAAACUUGGCACUCAUCCAUUGACAUCAGUGAUGUGUUUGCACAGUAAUGACAAAAUUUUGGUUGUACAGUGAUAUAACAUAACCCAUAAGUGACUUAAUUUUAUAUAAUGCCAUCAAUAAUGAGUAAUAUACCCGACGUAAAAUCAACAAUAGUGAAGGAAGUGCCUAUGGGAUCAACUGCCGUUUUGAACUGUAUCAGUAAUGACUUUAAUCACAAUUUCAUGUUUUGGCUUUUUGACAAAAACAAGGUUAUUGGUCCAGGAAACUUGUAUGAUGAAAGGAAAUACAAGUAUGAAGUUUUAUCCGGAAGACUCCAUAUUGAUAAUGUAUCCCCAACAGAAUCUGGCUAUUACAAAUGUGUUUCAAAGAACCUUGAUGGAUCAGGGAUAGCUGUUGGAGAAGUGGAGAUGAUAGUAAAGGGAUCAACAUUCACUGCAGCAGAUGCUGUGAAGCUGGUUGCCAUUGUUCUGUCUAUCCUUGUGAUCAUCACUUGUGCUGUGAUUUACUUCAGGCUUAGGAAACAGUGGAAAAAGUAUGACGGGAGAACUGUUGUUCCAGUGGAUGAUGAAGAUGAGGAAGGUGAUGAAAUAUACAACCGCACAACAACUUCUAUAACAGAACCUGUACCUGGCCCUAGUAGGAACCCAUCUUCAGAGCAUUUGAUAUAUGGUAUAGACAAUCAAGGCCUGGACACUGAUUUUAAUUCUGUGUUUGAAAACAUACAAAUAAAAUCUCCACAGGCUAGCUUGAUAUAAUUCAUUAAUUAUUGUAGACUAUAGUACAUUUGAUGAAACUUAAGUGAUAUACUUAAAGAAUAUAAUAUAACUAGCUUACCGCCCGCGGCUUCGCCCGCUUUGUCUACAACCUAAGAAAUUAUAUACUUAAACCUUCCUCUUGAAUCACUCUAUCUAAUAAAAAA